AUGUAUCUUGCAAUCAUAUUCCUCUUCAUCAGCUCCAUUCUUCUUUCUCUCCUAUUCCUUCUUAAAAAAUAUUUAUCAAACUUCUCGUAUCCCAAUCUUCCUCCGGGAAAGAUCGGCUUUCCCUUAAUCGGAGAGAGUUUUUCCUUCCUCUCUGCCGGCCGUCAAGGCCAUCAAGAGAAGUUCAUUACUGACCGAGUUGGUCGCUUCUCCUCAGAUGUAUUCAAGACCCACAUAUUUGGGUCUCCCACCGCGGUGGUGACUGGUGCUUCCGGGAACAAGUUUCUAUUCACCAACGAGAACAAGCUCGUGGUCUCGUGGUGGCCAGAUUCCGUGAAUAAGAUAUUCCCUUCUUCAAUGGAGACGAGUUCCAAGGAGGAAGCCAAAAAGCUGAGGAUGCUUCUUUUGCCGUUCUUAAAGCCUGAGGGUUUGAGGAGGUAUGUAGGUGUUAUGGAUGAGAUUGCUCAUAGACAUUUUGAGACGGAAUGGGCCAAUCAAGAUCAGCUUAUUGUCUUACCUCUUACCAAAAAGUUCACGUUUUCCAUAGCAUGCCGUUUGUUUCUGAGCAUGGACGACCCGGAAAGAAUAAGAAAACUAGGAGAACCAUUCAAUAGGGUGGCGACUGGUGUCUUAUCAAUCCCAAUAAACCUUCCAGGAACACGGUUUAACCGAGCCAUCAAGGCGUCGAGGUUACUCAGAAAAGAGGUUUCCGCGAUCAUGAGGAGAAGGAAAGAAGAGGUGAAGGCCGGGAAAGUAUCAGCGGAACAGGACAUUCUAUCUCAUAUGUGUAUGAGUAUAGGAGAGACCAAAGAUGAUCAUGUCGCGGAUAAGAUUAUUGGAUUGUUGGUCGGAGGACAUGACACAGCAAGUAUCGUAUGUACUUUCAUUGUUAGCUAUCUUGCUGACUUCCCUCACGUCUACAAACGUGUACUACAAGAGCAAAAAGAUAUACUAACGGAAAAGGAAGGAAACGAAGGAUUAAGGUGGGAGGACAUUGAGAAAAUGAGAUAUUCAUGGAAUGUUGCAUGUGAAGUAAUGAGAAUUGUUCCUCCUCUUUCUGGCACUUUUCGUGAGGCCAUUGAUCACUUCUCUCUUAAGGGUUUUUACAUCCCCAAAGGAUGGAAGUUAUAUUGGAGUGCCAUCGCGACACAUAAAAAUCCAGACUACUUUCCAGAACCCGAUAGAUUUGAGCCAAACCGAUUUGAAGGAAGUGGUCCAAAGCCGUACACAUAUGUUCCAUUUGGAGGAGGACCUAGGAUGUGUCCAGGGAGAGAGUAUGCUCGUCUUGAGAUUCUUAUAUUUAUGCACCAUCUUGUUAAGAAGUUUAAGUGGGAAAAAGUGUUUCCAAAAGAGAAUAAAGUAGUGGUUGACCCCUUACCAAUACCAGCCAAGGGUCUCCCUAUUAGAGUUUCUCCUCAAUCUUGA